UAUAAAAGGAACUCUCACCGUCCUCCAUGAACACAGACGGAAUCGAGAGGAGAGAUAGCGAGUACUGGCCGCCAGCAGCGCUAUUCAGAUUGCAGUACCAUUCCCCAAGUACAGUACACGCCAAGUAACCGUCACCAUGAACCGUCUGAUCGUCCUCGUGGCUCUGGCCUCCUCGUGCAGCGCUGGAUACUCCGGAUCACCGGCCUACGGAGGCCACGGUGUCGGACCUGCGGGAGGCGCCGUGCAGUACGCGCCACCGGCGCCGGUCGGUGAGGAUGGAAGCGUGAUCGACACCCCGGAGGUGGCGCAGGCCAAGGCGGCUCACUUCGCGGAGUACGCCAGAGCCGCGGCUCGCGCCGCCGAGGAGAAGGCCCACCAGCAGGGCGUCCAGGGUGGCUACGCUUCCCAGGGUCUUGGCGCCUACGCCGCCGGCCCGACACCCGCCCCCUACUCUCGGCCAGCUUACGCCAGCCCGGCCCCCGUCUACGCGAGUCCCGCACCCUCUUACGCCGCCCCCGCACCCCAGGCCUACUCGGCACCCCAGCAGUACAACGGCCCGAGUUACUCGGCCCCCAAGGCCUACAACGCCCCGGCUACCAAGUCCGCCUUCGUCCCAGCGCCCCUCGCUGAGGAUGGAACCGUGAUCGACACCCCGGAGGUUGCCGCCCUUAAGUCUGCCCGUCUUGCUCAGCUCGCCGAGGCCGAGGCACGCGCCUACAAAUACGGUGGAGCCGAGGACUACAAUGGCCAGGAAUACGCAGCCGCUCCCCAAAGGUACAGCGCCCCAGCCGCCCCCCAGUACAACGCCGCCCCCAACGUGAGGUCCUACGCCGGACCCGGAUCCUACUCUCAGGGUGCCCGAGGCUACGCUGCAGCCCCAGCAGCCUCUUCUCCGAUCCGUUACGACGCCCCAGCCCCGACUGAUAGGGACGGUCGCGUCGUCGAGACACCGGAAGUGGCUCAGGCCACGGCAGCUCACCUUGCAGCUCACGCUGCGGCGACCUCGUACCAGCCCCAACAAGCUUCUUACCAGCCCCAGCAGGCCUACCAGCAACCACAGAGGGCCUUCCAAUCGGCCCAGGGAUACCAACCACAUUGGUUUUCGGGAAUACGAAUCAUGUUGAAAGUCAACGACUUUAGAAUCGGGUUUCAGCUUGGAAAAAGAUUAUUCAACAAUUCGUUGAAGAUGAACGGCAAAGGGCCGACCAAUUAUGAUCUAGGGAAUAACCAGCGACGGCUCUCUCGUCCCCAGCGCACUCCGAUCCGAUCCAAGUCCUAUAAGGUUUCACGUUUGUGGUGUCUUAGUAGCGCAGCGAUGAAAUUACUUGCGAUCUUCUCCAUCGCCGCUUCCCUCGUCGCAGCAACCCCUGGAUACCAGGUCAUCCCCCCCUCCGGAUACGGCUACCAGGGACCCUUCGCACCCUUGGCCCACGACGGAAGGGUCCUCGACACCCCCGAGGUGGCCCAGGCCAAGGCGGCCCAUCUGGCUGCUCACGCGGCCGCCGCUGCGAGGGCCUCACGACGACACCAGAUCUACGAUCAAGGCCCCGUUUACGACUACAACGAGGAGCCUAGCGCUUAUGAGGCCGCCGCGUAUUCCGCACCCUAUUCUCAAAGCUACCACGGACCACCAGCUCCUCUGGCCCACGAUGGACGCGUCGUUGACACACCUGAGGUCGCCCACGCCAGGGCCGCUCAUCUGGCCGCCCACGCUCGAGCAGCUUCCAUAGUCAGCCAGUACGGCGGAUACGAAGACCAGGGUGGUUACAGAGGCGGAUCGGCGGAAAGAAACGCGGGAUACGCGACACCGAUCCAGGUUUCCUACACGCAUUCCGCCCCCGUUGGAUACCACGGGCCACCGGCGCCUCUGGAUCACGAAGGGCGAGUGAUCGACACGCCGGAAGUUGCUCAGGCCAAAGCGGCGCACCUUCAGGCCUACGCAAAAGCCGCGGCGUUGGCUUCGCAGCAGGGUUAUUCCGCGGCGGAAGGGCCGUCCGAUGACAAUUCUUUGAAGGAAGGACCGUCCUACGAGGAGAACUAUUACUACUGACGUUGAGGACGGGGCUUCAUUCUCGUUUUGAGAUUCACGUUGGACUUUCCGUAUACCAUCAUGCUCGGCAACCUAGAAAGUUACGGAGAGUCUGACGAGCUUGGAAUUCGUCCAGGACACUGCCAUGCUCGGUGCGAAGGUUCGAACUCCCCGGUUGAAACGAAAAGAUCGUUCAAACGGUUCUGGGCAAUUUUCCAAAUUCUAAUCUCAUCUGGUUUUCUCACCUCGAGGAUUAUACAGUUCACACGAAUACUUGAAUAUCCUUUGUCGAAUCAAUUCCGCAUCGGAUGAGUUGAGCUCGAUCUUCCCAUUGCAUAACUGCUUUUCCGUUGAACUGUAAUUGGAUCAACAGUUGAUUGGCUUUUUCAUUGCGUUUUUAUCGGCCCAGACCGACUGAAUUUCAUCCUGUUAAUCUGUUGUAUUUCUUCUCGGAUCGCUUCACUCAGGUACGCGACGGUAAAAUCUCAUCGAUAUGGCCUCUCAUCAAAAGGAAGAGAAGAAUCGAGUUUCACCAAAUCACUUGACAAACACGCGCAGUCCGAUGAAAGCGAAUUGAUGAUCAAACCGACAGCCGUAACUUCAUCGCUCGUGUUUUACCGUCCUUUACUUAUCACGGUUUUUAUCUUCGUUUCAUUACUUCUUUCAACCAGGGAUAUUCGUUCCGUCUCUUCCGGCGCGCGGCUCGAUCACGACUUACCGCCGAAAUGUCUUCGCCACUAAUUUUUCUACGCUUAGAUAUAAUAAUUGUAUAAUUUACGUGUAGGUACGUUUGUCCUUUGAUAAAUUAUAAUAUGUUACUAUGCUAUCA